CGCCCCAAGAAAUGGCAAUUCAUCCUUGUGUUUUCCCGGCCCUACAGCAGGAUGAAGCCAUCCAUUGCCAUCAUUUUUUGCUUCUUGGUCCUGGGAGCUGACAGCCAAAGAUGGUUCCAGUUCAUGAAAGAGGCUGGUCAAGGGACUAGAGACAUGUGGCGCGCUUACUCUGACAUGAAGGAGGCCAACUGGAAAAACUCAGACAAAUACUUCCAUGCUAGAGGGAACUAUGAUGCUGCCCAAAGGGGACCAGGAGGAGCCUGGGCUGCUAAAGUGAUCAGUGAUGCCAGAGAGGGUAUUCAGAGGUUCACAGGACGUGGAGCAGAGGACUCAAGAGCUGACCAGUUUGCCAAUGAAUGGGGUCAGAGUGGUAGAGACCCCAACCACUUCCGACCUGCUGGCCUGCCUAGUAAAUACUGAGUUUUCUCUUCAUGUUGUUCCCAGCCAUGCAGACCCCAAGGAAAGAGGCAAUUACUGACUUGAAUUAGUUCCUAAAC